UCUGUUUUCCCAAUCCUCCCCCUCUCAAUUCUAUCCCAAAACCAACCAUACAAGGAAACAAAAGCUCCUCAAUCUUCUAUCCUUACUGGUCAAAUUUCUCCUUAUUAGCUUCUCCGUUUUCUCGGGCCAUCGGCCUCGUGAAUUCUGCAUUUCCUUUCGUUUGUUCCCGUAAAGAAAUCUUAUAGAUCUGGUACACGGGGUCUUAGGAUAAUUGGUCGGUUUCUUUUCUUAUUUUCUUCGAUGAGAAGCAAGAGAGUAGGGGGAACCAUGUUUGAAGACGCAAACAAGAACAAGUUCAAGAUAUCCAAGUUCGGAGAUUUCCUGCGGUCCGACCCCGAUGUGCUCUCCGCAACUUAUAGCAGGGAACGGGAGGACGAUGACUACGUCGACCAUCGUAUGAGCAAUGCCUCCGCAGCGACCACGAGCUACUGUCCCUCACCGGCCGAUGCGUCUCCUUACCCAUUGUCUCCACUGAACCAGUCCUCUCCCUACAACAAAUCUCCGUGGAUAAUACCGUCUCCCAUUUACAGCCCUUUCGGCGAGAACUUCCCGAAGAAUGGACUUAUCGGGUCCCUGGUGCGAGAGGAAGGCCAUGUGUAUUCUCUAGCCGUCUCCGAGGAUCUCCUCUACACCGGUUCGGACAGUAAGAACGUGCGUGUGUGGAAGAAGUUGAAGGAGUUCUCGGGAUUCAAGUCUAAUAGUGGGUUGGUGAAAGCGAUAAUUAUAUCUGGCGACCGGGUUUUCACUGGCCACCAAGAUGGCAAGAUCCGGGUGUGGAAGCUAUCUCGGACGAACCCUUCUGCUCACCGGCGGAUCGGGAGUUUGCCUUCAUUCAAGGACUUCGUGAAGAGCUCCAUGAACCCGAACAACUACAUUAAGGCGAGGAGAAACAAGAGCGUAGUGAAAAUCAGGCAUUUCGAUGCUGUGUCGUGCCUGAGCCCGAACGAAGACCUGAGCUUGCUGUACUCGGGCUCGUGGGACAAGACCAUGAAGGUGUGGAGGAUCGCCGACUCCAAAUGCCUCGAGUCGGUGAGCGCCCAUGAUGAUGCCGUGAAUGCAGUCGCCUCGGGGUUCGAUGGGCUUGUCUUUACAGGUUCAGCCGACGGGACGGUGAAGGCUUGGAGGAGAGAGCUGCAGGGUAAGACCACGAAGCAUUUCUUGGUGAAGCUCUUGCUGAAGCAGGAAAGCGCGGUGACGUCACUCGCCGUUAACCGAUCAUCGGGUUCAGUCUACUGCGGGUCGUCGGACGGGCUUGUAAACUUCUGGGAAGGCAUUAAAGACGACCUUUCCUACAGUGGGGUCCUCCGGGGGCACAAGAUGGCCGUCCUCUGUCUGGCCACGGGAGGAAACCUGGUCUUUAGCGGGUCUGCUGACAAGAGCAUCUGCGUGUGGAGGAGGGGCGAUGGCGGGGACCAUGCCUGCCUGGCAGUGCUGACAGGCCACACCGGCCCCGUCAAGUGCCUUGCACUUCAGGAGGACGAGGAGUCUGACGAGCUGGACCAGCGGUGGACCGUGUACAGCGGGAGCCUGGACCGAUCUGUGAAGGUCUGGCGUGUGUACGAGAACCUGCCCGACCUGAAGCAGUACACGGCUAGUCUAUAUUCCCCGAACAAUUCCAUGAUCGACCAGGCUAUCCCGAAGAGCAACAGAAGCUAAAUUAGUUCACGAGUUUCACGCCAUGUAAUUAACGAUUAAAUUCAUUUGACAAUGAAUGGAUAGGCGUACAACCGAAGGGUACAUCGAGCCUGUCUAAUGAGGGCAUCAUUCAGUAUGAUUCAAAGUACGAUGGGCUGGGGUUCUGGAGGCUUGAGGAUUUUGCAAAAAACCGUCCCACUGUCCGUACAGGGGAUGGAGGUCAAUGGGACGGGACAAUGUGAUGGCCGGUGCACGCGGUUCAUGCCUUUUGAAUAUUGCUGGUAGAGGUUUCGCGAAUAGGUGAGAGGAAUCUCAGGGGAGGACAUGGGAUUGGGGAGCGUCCAAAAGGGUGACAAUGACAGAGGAGGCCGCAGCCCGAUCGACCCGUGCACGUGACAAUUUUGAACACGUCACCCUCCCCGAAAUAGAAACCGAUACAAAGAUGAAACGGAUCACAGACUAGCAGUAAUGCUACACAAACUAUCGGGUUUUAUCGUAGCCAAGCAUUUUACUUGCAGUUGAGUUCGGGUGUAAUAAGUUUCUCUAGACAUCCCGUGUCUUUUAUACGAGGCCGUAAACAUGUGCCAAUGGAAGACUGCUUCCAUAUUGGAAAUACAGGCAGCACAAGGCUAGGCUGAAGCAACAUCUUGUUCCAUCUUGUUUGUGAGAAGAAAUUUGUUAAUUCUUUCACAGAGUUAUAGCUUGUCCUCAUAGUUUUUUUUUUUUGGGUGAAUUCUUGUCCUUAAUGUUGAGAACAGCUCCUGAACAGGGGAACAGCCAAUUUGUUUAAUACUUUCUUUGUAUAUUAUUUAUAAAUCAAGUGAUGUAAUACUUACACAUUGUUGGAUCAUUAAUUAAAAUAUACCCAAUAUUUUAUA